AUGGGGGAAAAUCUUCGUUUGCGACUGUCAGAAGGUUGGGCGAGCACCGGCGACCGAUUACAGGGCGGACAGCACUUGAAGAUGGCGUCCGAGCCAAAGAAGAGGAAGAUCGAGCCCGUCGGAAGGUGACCCUCUUUCCUCUGGUUCGUCGACCCCUAUCCGAUCUUCCUUCCUACCUUCUGCGGCCUGUAAACCCUCGUUCUUCAAGCGUAUGUUCCCUAAAUAUCUUACCAUCAUCAUCGUCAUUGUAGAGAGUACUAGUCACUGCCGGAUCGCCUUCUUGAAAUGUUCUUGGUGAUGGGGAGACGUGGAAAUCGUCUUUCUGGUUCUGACCUACUCGUAUCUUCCUCAAAGGGGUCGUCGCCGCCACCGGCGACCACCUCAAGAACUGAAAUUUGGGGGAGGGGAGGGGAGUCCUUGCGCCAGCUCGAGCCAUAAAAAUGGUGAAAAUGGUUCGGUCGCCUUCCUUCUCGACGGUUUCCUCUAGUUCUCGGCUAGGAUUCAGGUUCAAGGACUUAUAGAAUACCGACGAAUGCUCUAGGAUAUCGGCUUGACGGCAUCGUCAUGCCCAAGUGGCCCCAGAGUUUACGAUCGUCUGACGCUCCAUUCCAUGCGGGGGGGAUCAUUCGGCCUAUCGGAGGACGACGACCCUGGAUCACUGGUCGGCCCGGUAAAGUUUCCAAGACCGAUCGAUUCCGUUGCACAUGAAAAAUGGAGAUCUCCAGGCCGGGUCAACUCCCAUUCAAAGCAAGAGAGACUCCCUCUCCCUCCCCUUGCACAAGCAUUCAUUCGAUUUUCAUUCCUUCGGCAUCGUGUGAAUAUCUGGUGCUGCUUCUACCAUUUUAUCAGGCCAUUUAAAGCCAUUCCUCUAUCCUUUGAUCCAGGGCCUCGUCUUCUGCUUCUGCAAGAGAAGAUAAAUCUGCUGCUUCCUUGUCGUCUCUACCAGCAGUACUCCUUCAUCCUCGUGUUUUCUCCAUCCUGUUUCUUUUGCUCCCCUGCGAUGCGGGUUUUUUUCUCAGGGCAAGAAUCGUCUUGGUGUAGGCGGUCGCCGACAAGGACCAUGGAGUUCAUCUACAAGCCAUGAGGCUCGCGGUUGCAGAGGCCAAGCGGGAUCACUGGCUUGGCAGCAUCAAGUCCUUUGCAUCUCCCUUCGGGAAUUUCAUCGUGCCCGUGGUUCCAACUCGCGCCGACUUUUCGCGGGCAGAAAACAUUUGA